AUGGUCGCUGCCAAGAUUACCACCAUUGUCGUGCUUGCGCUCGCCGCCGCCGAUACCGCCGUUUCUACCAUUGUCGUCACCAAGCCUGUAGCCUCUACCAACGCCCGCGCCGGACGUCGUCUCCAAGUCGAAUGGAACGACGACGACAAGGCUCCUACUCGUCGUGACUGGGGUCGUGUCAACAUUUACCUCGCCACCGGUUCCCGCAACGUUCAAUACAAGCUCCAGACUCUCGCUAGCAACGUCUCGUACAACCAAGAUGAAGGAUCUUACAAAAUUGAUGCUAGCGUCGGCCCCAGCGGUGGAUACUACUUCCUUCGUUUCGAAGGCACCAACACUAGCGCCGCUGGUGGCUCCCCUCCCAUGGCUUUCUCCGCUCGUUUCAACUUGAAAGGCAUGACCGGAAACUUCAACUCCACCAUCAUGUCUCAGUUGCAGGGCACUUCGGGCACGGAUCAGCUCACUCCUGCUUCUACUACCGCCUCUUCCUCUUCGCCUUCCUUCGUCGGUUCCUCCUCGUCCACAGAUAUGGCUACUGCUGCUUCGGCCACUUCUUCGCGAUCGCCCAAUACUCCAUCAUCGCAGAGCACCAGCGUCAAGUCCUCUUCGGGUGCCGCAUCGACGUCGGGCAAGCUCGCUGGUUACGCGAGUGCGCUGGUUGGCAUGGCUGCUGUUGGUGCCGCUUUCCUCUGA